UUUCAGUAAAAGUGAAUUGUGGGAUGAGAGGCUGCUUAUAAAGGGGAGUAAAGCCGUCUAAACCGUGUUGUAGGAAGACUUUCUCUCCCAGACGCCUGUCGUUUUACCGCUGUCUGUUGUUAUCACAGCCAGCCGCCAUGCCCACUGACGCCCAAAGCGAUGCCCGCUCCUUCCUGACGGAGGAGAUGAUUGCAGAGUUCAAGGCCGCCUUCGACAUGUUCGACACCGACGGCGGCGGUGACAUCAGCACCAAGGAGUUGGGUCAAGUGAUGAGGAUGCUGGGCCAGAACCCAUCAAGGGAGGAGUUGGACGCCAUCAUUGAGGAGGUCGAUGAGGAUGGCAGUGGUACCAUCGACUUCGAGGAGUUCUUGGUCAUGAUGGUGCAACAGUUAAAGGAGGACCAGGCCGGAAAGAGUGAAGAAGAGCUUUCAGAAUGCUUCCGUAUAUUUGACAAGAACGGAGAUGGUUUCGUUGACCGGGAGGAGUUUGGAGAGAUCCUCCAUCUUACUGGAGAGCCAGUGGUGGAGGAAGAUAUUGAUGAGAUGUUCGGUGAAGGAGACACAAACAAAGAUGGAAAGAUUGAUUUUGAUGAGUUUCUGAAGAUGAUGGAAAACGUCCAGUAAUGAGGCCAGCUCUACAUUCCUUGGUCACCCUUCCUCAGAGAGAACACAAAGCACGCUGUCUGAUGGAAAUCUGCUCAGAGCAAACUCUAAACGCUGUAAAACGCUGUGCAAUUAUGAAUAUGAUGUUUCUGAGACAUCAAAAUGGAUACAAGUGAAAUACCCCCCCACCUCCCUUUCUCAUAUGAAACCCAGGGGCUCAGUGAAGAUUUCUAUUAAUAUCCGUUCAACCCUUUUAAGACGAGGGCACUCUCCUCAGCUGUCCCCUUUGCAGCUGUUGUUUCUCCAGAAAUGCUACACCACAAGCUUAAAGCCCCGCCCUCCUCCUCCUCCACUGCAAAACUAAAUAUCUUCUCCGCCCUGUUCUGUGCUUUCUAAAUAAAUCCAUCCACUUUCUUCUUGUU